AUGCGUUUCCUCACAGUCCUUGCAACCCUCUGUACCGCUGUCUCGGCUAUUCCAACCACCGCGGAGGUCCAGACAAAGGCCAUCGUCGAGCUGUGGCGCGCAUACAGCGGCAGCGCCGGCGACCACUUCUACACCACCGACUACUCCGAGUACAACAAUGCCGUCACCCGCCUCGGCUACUCAGCUGAAGGUGUUGCCGCCAAGAUCUACUCGUACCAGGUGCCCAACAGCAUUCCCCUGUACCGGACCUGGUCCCCCGGCGCCAGCGACCACUUCUACACCACCUCGGCGCCGGAGCGCGACAACGCGGUCCAGCAUCUCGGGUACGUGGACGAGGGCAUCACCGGCUACGUAUUCGCCACGGACAAGGUUGGCGGCCUCCCGGCGCGCCUCGUCGAGUUCUACCGCGCCUACAGCCCCGGCCAGCGGGACCAUUUCUACACCACCAGCGGCCCGGAGGUGGACAACGCGGUGCGCAAUCUGGGGUACACGUAUGAGGGUGUCGCGUGUUAUGUUUUCCAGGCUACAAAAUAA